AUGCUGGAGGAACAGAACAGUCUACUUUUAAUCCAUCCAGCUGUGACUGUAACGCCGGAAAAGGUGGAAAAAGUGAAACAAACGUCGCUACUUCUGAACUCGACGUCGUUGGACCAGUUUUUGAUUAACAAACUGAACGAUGGCAGCGUAACGUUGAGAGACGAUAGCUACGAUUUGGUAUAUUACCUGACGCCUGAGAAGUCGCAGGAAAUCCAGUUUCCCACAAAAUUAAUUUCCGUGCUAUCGCAGAGUUUGAAAAAAGGCGGGAGGUUUUACGGCCUGAGUGAUAUUUAUAAACUGGACGCAUUGAUUAACGGCCUUGAGAUUGUGAAUACAGCGCAAGACUAUCACUGGGUGAAAAAAUCCGGUCUUCAAGACACUGUCUCCCCAGUGGCUCUCAAAUCGAAACAUACGAGCACUGACAACCCGGUCAGAAAGCCGCUACCAAUAUUCAAGAAAGCAACCGCUCGAGACUUUAAACCUCUUCCCACCUUCAAAAGACCCGAAUCUCCGCGCGUCAGCCUGGUGGCAGAAGAACUUGACGAGCUGGACGACGAUGACCAGGACUCGGACGACCUCACAGUAUCAAAAUCUAAGUUCUUCGAUGAUGUGGGAGGCGACGAAUCGGCCGAGUCUAUUGAUGAAAACGACUUAGUCCAAGAGGGCGAGAAAAAUGUUAUAACAGUAGUGGCUUGUGCAAAAACUAAGAGUAGAAGGCGCAAGGCAUGCAAAGACUGUACCUGCGGCCUUAAGGAACAAGAAGAGCAAGAGGUGGAUGCCACCAGGGCCGCACAGGAUAAGGCUCUUGGCAAAGAGGUAAAAUUUGGUGAAGAAGAAUUAUCUGAGAUUGACUUCACCAUUCAAGGUAAACAAGUUGGCGGAUGUGGCUCUUGCUCCCUAGGGGAUGCUUUCAGAUGCUCCGGAUGUCCCUACCUCGGAUUGCCAGCAUUCAAGCCCGGCCAGCCCAUCAGCUUGGACAGUAUAGCAGACGACUUGUAG